AUGGAUGAAAUAGUACGUAAUAUAAUUGAUAGAAUGAAAGAUGAUGAUUUGUUUAUUCUAUUAAGUGAUCAUGGAAUGACUGAUGAUGGAAAUCACGGCGGAGAUUCAAAAAUAGAAACUGAAUCUAUUAUUUUUGGUUAUAAAAAAAGCGGCUUUUAUAAAAACGAUGCUAUUAAUAAUUAUAAUGAUAAGUUUUUAAAUGUUGUUGAUUAAAUUGAUAUAUGUUCAACACUUUCAAUGCUUUUGGCAAUACCUAUUCCAUUUAAUAAUCUUGGAAUUAUUAUUAAUGAUUUUUACUCUUCUUCUGUUUCUUUAGAUUAAAUUAUCGAGGAUUAUUAUAAUAAUCUUAUUUAGAUAGAUAAAUAUUUGAAUAAAAUUUAAAAUGAAUAAAAUAAAUUUAGUAGUGAAAACUUUAUAAUUUUAAAGGAAAUAAUUGAAAAUUGUAAAGAAGACUAUAAAACAAUGUAAAAUACAAAUUAUUAAAAUUAAUAACAGAAGUAAUAUUAAUAAGAGUUAUGGAUAAAUAAACUUAAACAAAGUAUAAAUUAAAUUAAAAAUAAUUUAAGAAUUUUAUGGAAUGAAUAUGAUUAAAUUUAAAUGUAUAUAGGAAAAAUUCAACUAAUUUUAUGUGUUAUAAUUGGAAUUUUAAAUAUUUUUUAUUUUAAGAUAUUAAACAAUUUUUAUAAAAUUUCAAAGCUAUAAAGCUUUAAAUUAAGUGAUAUUCCUUUUAUAUAUAUUAUAUUUUCUUCCUUGAUUAUAAUAUUUAUAUUUUACUUUAUUAACCUUUGGUAUAGUAUAGGAAUUAUAAUAAUAUAGCUUCAAAUAUAAGUUAUAUUUUUCAUUUUAUCAGAUUUCUUACAAAUACUGAAAUAAGAUAGAAAUGUAAAAUACUUUUUUCCUAUAUAUUUAUGGGAUUUAAAAACUGUUUCUUUACUAAUGUAUCAUGCUUAUCAUGCUUAUACUAUGCUAGCUAUUGGCUUAAUGUUGAAAGAAGAUAUAGUUAUAGUGCAAUAAGUUUUGAUUGGUAUUAUCAUAGAAAUUGUAAUUUAAUAUAAAGAUCAUAAUUUUAUUUUUAUUUAUCAAUAUAUACGAUUAUUAUUGAUUCCUUUAAUUAUGUAUCUUGGAUUAUAUUUAGAUGUUGUCACUUUAAUAAAAUAUGUAAUUCAUUAAAGAAAAUUCGAAUUAAUUUAAAAAUCUAUUAAUAUUUUGCAGGAAUCAAGUAUUUUUUAAGGAUUAAUUUUUAUUUUUGUAUUUGCUCAAUACAUAAUGAGAAAUUUACAAAAUAAUAAAAUAAAAAAAAUCAUUUAUUUGAAUUUCUUUUUAGUAAUAAUAUAUUAGCUAUUAAAAGAACUCUAAAUAUAAAAUUUAAAAUAUCUAGAAAGAAUAGUUUUGCCAAGGAUUUCUAUUUUAUUAUUUAUAAUAAACUUAAUUUUUAUUAUAAAAAGUAAUAACAAAUCAAGCAUUAAUUUAUUUUUGCAUAAUAUUAAUUUAUCAUCACUUUUUAUAAUGUUUAUUGAUAAAAAUGGGAUUUUAUUAGUCGCACUAUAUCAUACCGUAGUAAAUUUAUAUAUUGAUUAUUCUAAGGAUCAAAAAACUUUAACUCAUCCAAAUACUUUUACUUUUUUAGCAAUUUUUUCUACUUAUUUCUUUUUUAUUACAGGUCAUAGACCAGAUAUAAGUACUCUGUAAAUUUAAGCAUGCUUUGUAGGAUUAGAAAAUAAUAAUGUCUAUAUUAGUGGAUUUCUUUUACUUUUAAAUACUUUUAGUGCUGCAUUACCUUCUAUUAUAUAUACUUAAUAUAUAGUAAAAUUGGCAUAAGAAAGCCGAAUUGCUAAAAAUUGA